AUGGGUAGCAACACUGUAAGCAUCCUUCUCGGAUAUGGAAAUGGUUCUUUCACUAAUCAAACGACAUACUCAACUGGCUCUGCCCCCAAGUCUGUAGCUGUUGGCGAUUUUAACAACGACACUCUGUUGGAUAUCGUUGUCACCAAUGGAGAUGGCAACACAGUAAGUGUCCUUCUCGGAUAUGGCAAUGGCUCUUUUGCAAAUCAAACGAAAUAUUUAACGGGCUCUGGGCCAAGUUCUGUAGCUAUUGAUGAUUUUAACAACGACACCCAACUGGAUAUCGUCAUCACUAAUUUUGGUGGCAACACUGUAAGAGUCCUUCUUGGAUAUGGAAAUGGCUCUUUUUCAAAUCAAACGAAAUAUUUAACGGGCUCUGGGCCAAGUUCUGUAGCUAUUGAUGAUUUUAACAACGACACCCAACUGGAUAUCGUCGUUGUUCAUCAAAAUGACAACACUGUAAGUGUCCUUCUUGGAUAUGGAAAUGGCUCUUUUGCCGAUGAAACGGCAUAUUCAACUGGCUCUGUCCCAGUAGAUGUAGCUGUUGGUGAUUUUAAUAAUGACGGCCAACUGGAUAUCGUCGUUGUUAAUCUGGAUGACAACACUGUAAGUGUCCUUCUUGGAUAUGGAAAUGGCUCUUUUGCAAAUCAAACGACAUUUUCAACUGGCUCUAGAUCAUUGUCUGUAGCUGUUGGUGAUUUUAACAACGACACCCAACUGGAUAUCGUCGUUGCUAAUUUUGGUGACAACACUGUCAGUAUACUUUUCGGAUAUGGUGAUGGCUCUUUUGUAAAUCAAACGACAUAUUCAACUGGCUCUGGCCCACAAACUGUAGCUGUUGGUGACUUUAACAACGACACUCGAUCGGAUCUCGUCGUUGCUAAUUUUAAUGACAAAACUGUAGGUGUACUACUUCGGUAUGACAGAGGAGCUCUGAAAGAUAAAAUCUCAUUUGCGCCUACCGAUGGUUCUCGUUUGCGAAACUUUGCCCUUUUUGAUUUCAACAACGAUAGCCUAUUGGAUAUCGCUGUUGUCAAUUAUGGUACUAAUAACAUAGGUGUCCUUCUUGGAUAUGGGAAUAGCACUUUCGGAAAUCAAAUCGUACUCUCAACAGGCUUAAAUUCUCAUCCUUACUCCAUCACUAUCCAUGAUUUCAAUAGAGACGGUCAAGCAGAUAUAGCCGUGGCCAAUUAUGGUACUAAAAAUCUUGUUACGUUUCUGGGAAGUGGAAAUGGAACAUUUGAAAAUCAAGGACGUUACAGUAUAAAUUUUGAUUUUGCUCCACUGAUGAUUGAUGCUGGUAGUUUCAACAAAGAUGGGCGUUCAGAAAUUUUCGUUGCAUAUGAUGACAUCGAUUAUGUAGAUGUCCUGGUUACAUACGACAUCGGAUCUUUCAGUCAUGACAUUAAAUAUUCAACUGGUGCCGGGCCCCGAUCUGUAGCUCUUGGCGAUUUUAAUAAUGACAACAACCUUGAUAUAGUCGUCGCUAAUCAAGGAAACAACACUGUUGGCUUACUUCUCGGAUAUGGAAAUGGUUCAUUUACUAAUCAAACGACAUACUCAACUGGUUCUAACCCAUACUCUGUAGCAGUUGGCGAUUUUAACAACGACACCAAUCUGGAUAUCGUCGUCGCUAAUCUUCGUGGCAACACUGUAAGUGUACUUAUCGGAUAUGGCAAUGGCUCUUUUGCAAAUCAAACAAAAUAUUCAACUGGCUCAUACCCAUACUUUGUAGCUGUUGGUGAUUUUAACAACGACACCCAACUGGAUAUCGUCGUUGCUAAUUAUUAUGGCCAUACUUUAAGUGUACUUCUCGGAUAUGAAAAUGGCUCUUUUGCAAAUCAAACGACAUACUCAACUGGCUCUUACCCACACUCUGUAGCUGUUGGCGAUUUUAACAACGACACCAAUCUGGAUAUCGUCGUCACUAAUUCUGGUGACAACACUGUACGCAUCCUUAUUGGAUAUGGCAAUGGGUCUUUUGCAAAUCAAACGAAAUAUUCAACUAGUUCUGGGCUAAGGUCUGUAGCUGUUGGCGAUUUUAACAACGACACCCGACUGGAUAUCGUCGUCACUAAUUCUGGUGACAACACUGUACGCAUCCUUCUCGGAUAUGGAAAUGGCUCUUUUGCAAAUCAAACGACAUAUUCAACUGGCUCUGGCCCGCGCACUUUAGCUGUUGGUGAUUUUAACAGCGACAACCGACUGGAUAUCGUCGUCACUAAUUGGAAUGACAACACUAUGAGUGUUCUUCUUGGAUAUGGCAAUGGUGUUUUUGCAAAUCAAACGAUCUAUUCAACUGGCAUUAGUCCUUCAUCUGUAGCUGUCGGUAAUUUUAAUAAUGACACCCAAUUGGAUAUCGUCGUCUCUAAUAUUAAUAGGCGAAGUGUCAGUAUAUAUCUGGGAUAUCCUAAUGAAGGUUUUGUUAAGCAAACGAGACUCAUAACUGGCAAUGGAUCUCGCCCUAAGUCAUACUCCGUUGGAGAUUUUAACAAUGAUAGCCAACUAGAUAUUGCAAUUGUGAAUUCAGGCAUUAACAACGUCGGUAUUUUUCUGAGAUAUGACAAUGGUUCUUUUGCAAAUCAAAUGACAUAUCCAACUGAUUCUUCUCCAUGGUCGGUAGCUGUUGGUGAUUUCAACAACGAUACGAUACUUGAUAUUGUUGUCGUGAAUCGUGGCAGUGACAAUGUUGGUAUAUUUCUUGGAUGGGGUAAUGGUUUCUUUUCAAGCCAGAAAACUUUUUCGACUGGUUUAAACUCGCAACCAAACGUGGUUGCUGUUGGCGAUUUCAACAACGACGCCUUGCUAGACAUUAUUGUUGCUAAUUAUGGCACAAACAACAUAGGUGUGUUGCUUGGUUAUGGGAAUGGCUCCUUCACAAGUGUUAAGCUUUUUUCAACCGGUUAUGGAUCUCUUCCGUUCUCGGUUUCUGUUGAUGAUUUAGACAACGAUGGAAAAUUGGAUUUCGUCGUCGCCAAUGAAGGUGCUGACAAUUUAAACAUUUUUUUACAGACCUGUUAA